AUGGCACAUUAUUCCACAGAUUUUCUUGCUUCCUCGUUUCACAAUCCAGUAUUCCGCCGCACCCACCCACUCACCCCGUCCACUUCUGGCCUUCAUGGGAUCCUCCUCCGUCCCUCCUCUUUCUAUUAUCCACCCAUAUCACUGAUUGUAUCGCUGACCGCAUCGUUGACCGCAUCGUUGACCGCAUCGUUGACCGCAUCGUUGACCGCGUCGUUGACCAACAGCUGGUACGACACGGGGUUCCGCAUCCAGGGGAGGGUGGACGCGCGGUACGGCGGCGGCGAGUGGACGGGGAUCGUGCUGAACAUGACGUCGCAGCGAUGGCUCAAUGCCUCCGUCACCUCCUGCAGCCUCUGGUGGCAUUACCUGCUGCUCCUGGUCCCCAGGCGCAUACCCAAUGCGCCUCGGGGCACGGCGCUACUCAUGCUGGCGGCGGGGCGGAACUCAGGCGGCGGGGGAGGAGGCGCGGGGGACGCGGACGGUCCCGCGGACGCGGAUCCGGAGGAAGCGGACGAUAGCCGGGUGUGGAGCGCGGGGGGCGGGGGGGGUGCGAGCGCGCGGAGCGCGGGGGAAGCAGGGGACGGGACGGAUGGGGGGGCAGGGAUGGGAACAGAAGGCGCAGCCGGAAUUCUCCUCUCUCGCACUCCUGUUCCUCCUCACCGUUCUAACCCGGCCCAUCCUCUCGCGUCCAAUCUGCUCUCACCCUCUCUCCCCACCUCCUCUCACAGGCUUGCUGUGCAGGCGGGCACGCUAGGCGCCGUGCUGUUCCAGGUGCCGAACCAGCCGUGCACCGUCCGCACCAACGGCACCACAGAGCCGUCCCUCUCAGAAGACUCGCUCGUUGCAGAAGCAGCAGUGCAGGCGGGCACGCUAGGCGCCGUGCUGUUCCAGGUGCCGAACCAGCCGUGCACCGUCCGCACCAAUGGCACCACAGAGCCGUCCCUCUCAGAAGACUCGCUCGUUGCAGCCACGUGGCGUCAGUUCCUGCUGAACCCCUCGGACGCGGAUUGGCCGGCAACACUGCCCAUGGCCAAGGCGGGAGUGCGAGCUAUGGACGCGAUUCAAGAGGCCGUCCCGGUCUUCUUCCCCUCCCUCGCUGUGCAUCGCUUUGCAGUGGCAGGCGUGAGCAAGAGGGGGCUGGCCUCGUGGGCUGUAGCAGCGGUGGAUAAGACGUCUCAAAAUGUCUCUUGCCUCUCACUUCUCUCCCAACUCCAUUCCUCCCCGCCCUCUCUUCCCUUCACAUCUUCCGUGCCCUCUUGCACCCUAGCGAGUGGUGGCGCUGCUGCCAGUGGGAGCGGGAGCGAUCAACUUCUGGUGGCACUGUUGCCGGUGGGAGCAGGAGCAAUCAACUUCGUAGCCUCGUUAAAGCACUACUACCAGUCGCUGGGCGGCUGGCCCAUCACCUUCAAGCCCUACGUGGCCAAUGGCGUUACCAAGAACAUGCUCAGACCCAACAUGCAGAAGCUCGUGGCCAUCACGGAUCCGUACAGGUACCGGCAUCGCUACAGCAUGCCGAAGCUGCUGCUGUUUGGCGCCAAUGACGAGUUCUUCAUGAUUGAUGACACCUACUACUUCUACUGGGACAUGCCCGACCCCAAGUUUCUGCGCAUUAUGCCCAACCAGGAGCACAUGCUCCUGCAGAACAACCCCGAGCCCGACUGGCUGCAGCUCACAUGGUAUUUGGACAUGCCCGCGGGCACUGCUAUUGAGGGCACUAUGGAUCGUGGAUCGUCGCCCCAUCAAGUUCAGGGCGUGGUGUGGUACUCCCGUUCUGCUCGUCGCUACGUGCGCCGGGACUUCCGGUGGAUCGUUGGAGGGGCCUCCGCCACCUGCAAGUCAUAUCAACCCCCUUCCAUCCCCUCCCACCUGCAGCUUCCUCGAGUCCACUCAGGUGUCAUUAUUGGGCGACCUGUGUCCGCAUGCACUCUUCCACCCAGUGCCUGUGCCACCCCACCAAACCUCUCCUGCUACACCUCUCACCCAUUUCCACCCUCUUCCACCGCCUUCCACCCACCGCCUCCCCCUUGCAGCUUCCUCAAGGUCACCCAAGUGCCGCUGCUGGGCGACCUGUGUCCGCAGGCAGUGCUCUUCCAGCCGGUGCCUGUGCGCCCCCACAAAGCUUCCUGCUACACCUUGCACCCCUCUCCACGCCCUUCCAACCCGUUCCACCCCUUUCAAUUCCCCCUUCUGCCUUGCAGCUUCCUCAAGGUGACUCAGGUGCCGCUGCUGGGCGACCUGUGUCCGCAGGCAGUGCUCUUCCAGCCGGUGCCUGUGCGCCCCUCUUACAGCGCCCUCGACCGCCUCUGGCACUUCCGCGCACGCAUCACUAACUUCCCCAAGGUAGGUCGGCUACAAAGCUAUUUUUGUGGAGGUGGAGUUUCCACCGUUGCGGCCGUCUGGUAA